AGCCAACACAUGAAAUUAUAAAAGUCUAGUUUUUCCAAACUGCUCCCUGCAAUGAUGCCAACAUUCCUCUUUACAAUUUUAGCAAGUUUAAUUACAACUUCUCUAACGCAGGUCUGCCAAAAUGGAGAAAUUGUCUUCCUCGUCGACCUUUCCGAAAACGCAAAGUUCGCCGCUUCAACUAAUGAUAGCCCAACAGAUCUAGAUCUAGACAGAUUUGAUUUAUUGAGAAGUGCUUUGGACACGGCUUUAUCAAAUAAUUUGAUUGCAUCAUCAAGUACAUUUAGAAUCGGUGCUUUUGGCUACAGUUCUGACUACCAACCAACAAUAAUACCAUUCGGAACAAGCCCAACCAAUGCUCGAAAUAUGCUUCGUAUUUGGGUGUCUGGUCCUAAUGGUGGGUCCUGGACCUACAGAGGACUGGAUAUGAUCCUAUCACCCCCAACCACAUCAAACAACAGGCUGGUCAUCUUGUCAACUCAAGGAUCUUUCAAAUCCACAAGGAGGUUUUUGGCUCAAACUAGUUAUAACAGAGUUAAAGCACUUGGCUGGAAUAUUUUCGUCAUUGUUAUAAAGGGAAAGAACACUGUUGACUAUGAAGAGUUGAACUUUGGUGCAAAUGCCGUGGUUGCUAAUGUCACAGACCCGAUUAACCCAUCGAACCCUAAGAGCUACAGGUACCUGGCUCCAGAGCUCACCAAACAAAUCAAUUCAGUGUGUCUUCCUGUGGCUACUACAAGUACCACUAAACCUGUAAUACAAACAACAGCAACUACCAAGACAACAGCGACGUCAACGACAACACCUUCAACAACUACAACAAGAACUACCACGCCAUCAGCGUGUCAACCAAUAGAAAUAGUUUUCUUGCUGGACCAAUCAGAAAACGCGAGAAAAGCCUCCACGGAUAAAUCAAGCGGGAGGCAAUUCAACUUUCUCCGAGAUGCCAUUCAACGUUUUUUAUGGCAACCUGAUGUUCUUAUUGCCCUUUAUGAACUGAGAAUCGACAUUUAUGGUUUUAGUGGAAACAGCAGUGUGACGUUUUACAGCCGAAGAUCCUACCCUGAAGUUUCUCUGUUUCUAAUGGACAAUAUUAAAAAUAACAAAGAGACGUGGCUGUAUAAGGGGCUGGAGGUGAUCGACUACCGCCCGACCCACACAAACAACCGCCUGGUCAUCAUCACCAGCCAAACGUCAGAGAACACCGCCGUGAGACUACACACACAGAGAGAGCUGAGCAGGGUCCAGGCUUUGGGCUGGAUACCCCUGGUCAUUGCUGUUAAGGGUGAAAAUGAAUUGAAUUUGGAUGAACUAACGUGUAUAAAUGGCGGGAGAAGACCGAUAAUCCUUGAUGACUUGAACGACAAAAAUCCGCAGAGUUACCGCCUCUUGCCGAUGGCCCUUCAACUACUGCUGGACAAUGUCUUCUGUCAGGGCAUGCAGUCGGAUGUCUUGAAGAACCUUUGUGUAGAGUAGAGGCCCUUGAUUGAAUGGAGAGAAAUACAAAUGUCAUACUGCAUGACCUGGAAACAUUAAUCUUUAAUCAUUACUAUUUGUCUUAUUUUCAUUGAAAUAUGCAUCCACUUAAUCCCACAUACACACACACAAACAUACAUGCACAUUGUCUGAUUUCACCGUAAGACAUAUUUAGCAUCUAAAAAUUGUACUUAAAUACAACAGUUUACAAAAUAAAAAAAACAACUUUGAAGUAGAGCAAUAUUUCGACUUCUAAAAUAACGAAGCGCUCCUGUAUAAAUUCAUCUAGACAGCAUGCACAAGAGAAAUAUGUUAUAGUGUUACCUGUUUAAAAUAUUGUGACAUUAUUAUUAAUAUGAUCUCCAUUAGAUGUUUAGGUGAUGUUAUUUUUGACAAGAUUUAAACUUUAGUAAACAGUCAGUUAGGUUAAAGUAGAUUAAAAUGUAAAAUAAAAUGGCGAAGUGCCACACGUCAGAAGUUUUUGUCUGCCAGCCAAAUUAAACGCCCCUAACCACAGUACUUUUAAACCCAGUCAAAUCUUUAUAAAACAAAUAUAAAAACUCUUUUUUUUUUACAGCAACAGGCUUUUA